AUGUCGGAGGAUAGCGACAUGGAGAAAGCUAUCAAGGAAACCUCCGUUUUGGAAGAAUAUAGUAUCAACUGGACUCAGGAGCUGGGAGCGGGAAUUAGCGGUCCAGUCAGAGUCUGUGUGAAGAAGUCUACUCAAGAACGGUUUGCACUGAAAAUCCUUCUCGAUUGUCCAAAAGCUAGAAAUGAGGUGCGUCUGCACAUGAUGUGUGCCACACACCCCAAUAUAGUUCAGAUUAUUGAAGUGUUUGCUAACAGUGUACAGUUUCCUCACGAGUCCAGUCCCAGGGCUCGACUCUUAAUUGUAAUGGAGAUGAUGGAAGGAGGCGAGCUAUUUCACAGGAUCAAGCAGCACCGGCACUUUACAGAGAAGCAAGCCAGCCAAGUAACAAAGCAGAUAGCCCUGGCUCUACAGCACUGUCACUUGCUAAACAUUGCGCACAGAGAUCUCAAGCCUGAAAAUCUGCUUUUCAAGGAUAGCUCUUUGGACGGCCCUGUGAAAUUAUGUGACUUUGGAUUUGCUAAAGUUGACCAAGGUGAUUUGAUGACACCCCAGUUUACACCUUAUUAUGUAGCACCUCAGGUACUGGAAGCACUGAGAAGGCACCAGAAGGAGAAGUCUGGCAUCAUACCUACCUCGCCAAUGCCCUACACUUACAACAAGAGCUGUGACUUGUGGUCCCUAGGGGUGAUCAUCUAUGUGAUGCUGUGUGGAUAUCCUCCUUUUUACUCCAAACACCACAGUCGGACUAUCCCAAAGGAUAUGCGGAGAAAGAUCAUGAAAGGAAGUUUCAAGUUUCCAGAAGAAGAAUGGAGCCAGAUCUCAGAGAUGGCCAAAGAUGUUGUGAGGAAGCUCCUAAAGGUCAAACCAGAGGAAAGACUCACCAUUGAGGGAGUGCUGGACCAUCCCUGGCUCAACUCGACGGAGGCUCUGGAUAAUGUGCUGCCCUCUGCUCAGCUGAUGAUGGAUAAGGCAGUGGUCGCGGGGAUCCAGCAGAACUUUUAA